CUGUUCACACAGAGCUGGUGUCUGUCUGACUCAGAGAACAUGUGAAAGGCAACAGAGAUACACAUCACGCACAUCAAUCAAUGAAGGAACAGAAAUGCUGAGACCACUCCUUGACUUUACACUUGUCAUGGUUUUGAGUAAUUACCUGGUUACUGCAGGUAAACAAAACAUCAGUCUGGUCAAUGGUUUAGAUGUCUGCUCUGGAAGAGUUGAGAUCUUGUAUAGUGGCACAUUCAAACCGGUGUGUGCUCACUCAUGGGACAUUGAUGCUGCUGCUCUGGUGUGCAGAGAGUUGGAAUGUGGAAGAGCUGUUAUUGCAGAGGGCCAGGGUCUUUUUGGGGUAGGGGAUAAAAGCAGUUGGCUGAGUACUGUCAACUGUAAGGGAGACAAGUCAUCCAUCAUAGAGUGCUCUCAACUGAAUGGAAAUCAGUGUGAUAACAACGCUGGAGUCAUAUGUUCAGCUUCUUCAAUUGUUAUCAUUGGUGGUGUGGUAACAACUGUACUGCUCAUACUGUGUGCACUGCUAAUUAUUAUCCUGGUGAGGAGAAGAUUAAAACAAAAGAAAAUCCAAGUAUGCUCCAAUUCAAAAGAUGCAGUUAAUAUGCAAGACGUGCUCCGUAAUGACGAGAAUGAAGAGAACGCUGAGGAUGACUAUGAGAUUGUAGAUAUGGAUAAUCGUGAAGAUGUAGACUCUGACUCUGAUCAAGAUUAUGUCAAUGUAAAUCAGGAUGACUCUGAACCGGACUACAUCAAUGUGGAAACAGACAAUUCAGAGCAGGACUAUGUCAAUGUCGAUAUUACAGAACACAGAAGUACGCCAGGCAAUAAUUAUGAAGAAUUAUGAAAGCUAUUUGAUUUGCAAAAUAUAGGACCCAGGACCAUUUGAAUGAAUAACAGCACUAAAUACCAGACAACAGUCCAUUACCACACAAAAGUGGCACACAAAAAUGGAGCCAGAAUUGCCAGACAAGGAACAAGUAAAAUCAGCACUGAAUUAUUCAUUAUAUCCGUGUCAGUAUAAUCAGUGUCCAAGUAUGAAUUAUUCUUUGUGUAUGAAGAGAACAAAGACUCUUUGGACAUUAUUAAGCACUAAUAAUAAAUAAGAGGCUUAUGAAUUCUCUAGAAAUCUGUGGAAUAUGAGUGUGGAUUCUAUUUUCUUGUAGCAAAGAAUCAGUUUGUCUACUUCACUGAAAAUAGUGGCACUAGCAAGUAAGCAGCUAGCUGUUUUAGCUUAAGCA